CGCCGGGAGCCGCCGGGGAGUCCGCCUCCGCCGGGCCGCGCCCGCCCCCCGCGAGCAUGGGCGCCCACCCGCGCGCUGCCGUGGUCGCGGGGCUCCCGCCGCCCCGAGCGCUGCCGCUGCCUCUGCUCCUGCUCCUGCUGCUAUCGCCGCCAGUGGCCAUCGCCUCCGAGGCUGAGCACCGUCUGUUUGAGAGGCUGUUCGAAGAUUACAACGAGAUCAUCCGACCUGUAGCCAAUGUGUCUGACCCCGUCAUCAUCCAGUUUGAGGUGUCCAUGUCUCAGCUGGUGAAGGUGGACGAAGUAAACCAGAUCAUGGAGACCAACCUGUGGCUCAAACAAAUUUGGAAUGACUACAAGCUGAAGUGGGACCCCUCUGAGUAUGAUGGGGCGGAGUUCAUGCGUGUCCCUGCACAGAAGAUCUGGAAGCCGGACAUUGUGCUGUAUAACAAUGCUGUUGGGGACUUCCAGGUGGACGACAAGACCAAAGCUUUACUCAAGUACACAGGGGAGGUGACUUGGAUGCCCCCCGCCAUCUUUAAGAGCUCGUGCAAAAUCGACGUGACCUACUUUCCAUUUGAUUACCAGAACUGCACCAUGAAGUUCGGCUCCUGGUCCUACGACAAGGCAAAAAUCGACCUGGUCUUGAUCGGCUCUUCCAUGAACCUCAAGGAGUACUGGGAGAGCGGCGAGUGGGCAGUCAUCAAAGCCCCGGGCUACAAGCACGACAUCAAGUACAACUGCUGUGAGGAGAUCUACCCCGACAUCACGUACUCGCUCUACAUCCGACGCCUGCCCCUCUUCUACACCAUCAACCUCAUCAUCCCCUGCCUGCUCAUCUCCUUCCUGACCGUGCUGGUCUUCUACCUGCCUUCCGACUGCGGCGAGAAGGUGACCCUCUGCAUCUCGGUCCUCCUCUCGCUGACCGUGUUUCUCCUGGUCAUCACCGAGACAAUCCCUUCCACCUCGCUGGUGAUUCCCCUCAUUGGCGAGUACCUCCUGUUCACCAUGAUUUUCGUGACCCUGUCCAUCGUCAUCACCGUCUUCGUGCUCAACGUGCACUACAGAACCCCAACCACGCACACCAUGCCCGCAUGGGUGAAGACUGUUUUUCUGCACGUGCUUCCCAGGGUCAUGUUCAUGACCAGGCCCGCAAGCAGCGAAGGCCACACCCAGAGGCCAAGGCCCUCCUACAGUGCUGAGCUCUCAAAUCUGAACUGCUUCAGCCGCACGGAGUCCAGAGGCUGCAAGGAAGGCUGUCCCUGCCAGGAUGGGAUGUGUGGCCACUGCCACCACCGCAGAAUAAAAAUCUCAAACUUCAGUGCCAACCUCCCGAGAAGCUCCAGUUCUGAGUCUGUCAACGCUGUGCUGUCCCUAUCUGCUCUGUCACCGGAAAUCAAAGACGCCAUCCAGAGUGUCAAGUAUAUUGCCGAAAAUAUGAAAGCACAAAAUGAAGCCAAAGAGAUUCAAGAUGAUUGGAAGUAUGUCGCCAUGGUUAUUGACCGAAUUUUUCUGUGGGUUUUCAUCCUGGUGUGCAUUCUAGGGACAGCAGGAUUGUUUCUGCAACCUUUGAUGGCAAGGGAUGACGCUUAAGCACCAAACUGUGUUUGCCAGAGGCUUCCUGGCAUGCAGAGGGGGACUCGUUUGUUUUAUUGUGUAAAAUACACUUGGCCAUAAAAUGUACCAUCUUCACCGUGUUCAGGCCCACAGCUCGGUGGUGUUAGUCAUCGUUGUGCAGCCGCCACCGCCAUCUCCAGGACUCUUCGUCUCGUAAGACCGCAUCUCCGCACCCGCUGAACACUAACUCCCUGUCCCCUCUCCCCCUGAAACCCACAUUAUACUGUUUUGACUACUUUAAGUACCUCAUAUAAGCAGAAGUGCACACUAUUUGUCUUUCUGUGAUCGGCCAGUUUCAUUCAGCAUCAUGUCCUCGGGGCUCACCCAUGUUGGAGCAGGCGUCAGAAUCUCCUUUUUAAGGCUCAGCCGUGUUCCAUUGCACGUCUAUUCAUGUUGCUUAUCCGCUCAUCUGGCAGGGGACACUGGGGCGGCCCCCACAUUUUGGCUGUUACAGAUACAUGUGCAUCCAUGUUCACAGCAACAUUAUCUGUUUGAGACCCUGCUCUCGAUUCAUUAGGAUAUAUGCCCAGAGGCGGAAUUGUUGGGUCCUGUAGUAAUUCUAUUUUCAACUUUCUGAGGAACAACCGUACUGUUUUCCAGGAUGGCUGCACCAGUUUGCAUUCCCACAGGGGCUCCAAUUCUCCGCAUCCUCAUCAACAUUUGUAUUCUGGUUUUUUUUAUAAUAGUCAUCCUAACGGGUGUGAGGUGGUAUCUCAUUGUGGUUUUGAUGUGCAUUUAUGUAACGAUUAGUGAUGCGAAGCAUCUUCUCCUGUGCUUAUUGGCCGUUUGUGUGUCUCUUUGGAGAGGUGUCUGUUCAGGUCCUUUUCCACUUUUUUUUUUUUUUAAGUUUAUUUUAAAGAGCACAAGCAGGUGAGGGGCAGAGAGGGAGGAGACAGGAUUUGAAGCCAGCUCUGCGCUGACAGCAGAGAGCUCAAUGCGGGGCUCAAACUCACAAGCCAAGCUAUUGAGAUCACGAACUGAGCUGAAGUCAGACGCUCAACUGACUGAGCCACCCAGGCGCCCUUUCUUUUCCACUUCUCAGUUGUGGUUUUUAGUUAAGUUUUAGGAGUUCUCUAUAUGUUCCAGAUAUUAAUCUCCUAUCAGAAACAAGAUUUGCAAAUAUUUUCUCCCACUCUCUGGGGUGCCUUUUCACUCUGUUGAUAGUGUCUUCUGAUGCACAAAAUUUUUAACUUUUCAUUAAGUCCGGUUUAUCAACUUUUUGUUAGCUGUGUUCCUCUGUGUCAUAUCCGAGAAAUCACUACCAAAUCCAGUCUUGUAAAGAAUCUGUCCUGUUUUCUUCCAGGAGUUUUACUGCUUAACUCUUACAUUUAGGCUGCUCUUUCUCACACUUUCUAUCAUCAAGCUACUGGCACUGUUUUUAGCAUUUCAAGGUUUACUUAUUUAUCCAGUUGUCUUGGUUUUUAUCAAAAGAGAUUCGUGCAAGAAAAAAAGUCAAGGGUAUUUAUUAUAGAUAACUGAACAUUUAACCAGCCUUUUUGGUAAGGUAGAGAAACAUCAAAAUAUAGUUCUGCAGUGUGAAGUAAUAUACUCUACUAAAGAAUAUGUAAAUAUGGGCUAAAUAUGAAAACUGUUUCCCCUUUGUGCUGGUUGAGGCAUAAUUGGACAGGAAAACUUGCUGCUCACAAAUGUGGAAAUCCAUCUGGUUCAGUAUCACAACAGAUUUCCCAAGGGUUUUCUUACUUGGCCUGCGAUCUCCUUGAAGUUUUGUACCAUUUCAGCAAUGCCCUACCUACUACCAUUUCCUGCCAUGUUCACUCCUUGUCCCACUCCUUGUUCAUCGUUGGUUUCCAAGAGUCUGAGGGCCGUGCCUCCUUCACAGAAUGCCUCAGCCUUUAUCUCGCAUCAUCCUAAGGAACUAUGCUAUGAAAAGGUAUGCCCAGUCACACAUUCAUUGCUAGUAAACCGUUGGAGCAGCAUUUCUCAACCUUGGCACUAUUGGCAUUUGUGGCCAGAUAACUCUGUGCUGGGGAGACAUUGUAGGAUUUUUAGCCUCCAUCUGGCCUCUACCCACUAGAUGCCAAGAACAUACCCCCGGGUCCCUUGCCAGUUAUAACAACCAAAAAUGUCUCCAAAAAUUAAGUGGUCCCUCAAGCACAAAACUGUGCCCGAUUGAGAACCACUGCUAUAGACAGAUUAUUAAGAAGACAGUAUUCCAGUAUGGAGUACUGCAGUCCUGAAUCUGAAUAGGUAGGAGAUGAGGGUUUGCAGAGACCAUUUUAAUCUUCUCACUAGUCAUUUUGAUGUUUUGGCUUUGCGAAAAUAAAACUGACAAAAUUGCAGCCAACUGUGACUCAUGUUUUGGUAAGUCAAAGGAAGAUUUCUACAAAAUUUACUCACCUAUAGAAAUUUUAAGUAACAGUAACAGAGGUAGAAGAAGAAUCAGGGAUAUAUACGUGCUAAGAGAUCUAACAGGCAUUUAAACUCAUCAAACCAGACUUUCACUCAUUAAAUGACAUUAAACAUGUACCUACAAUAAAAUACAAAUGAGACAGGAUCCCCUCUGCCUUCCAAAGAGUGUUGACCUGACCUUAGAUGGGUUACUUACUAUAAAUAAGGCAUUUGUUCUCUCAAGGGCUAAGAGUUCCAGAUAAAAUGCAGAGCUUCAACCGUGUUUUAUUCCUGAUCGUAGCUGAAUCAGGGCAUUCAGAGAUGGAAUCUCACUUGUUUACCUGUGACGCGUGCCACUACGGUCCUGAAUGAGCAGUAAUCGGUGAGACUGCACCACACCUAGAGGCCCUGCAACUCUAUGGCUCCAGUACUGUGACUGCUGGAAAGAAGGAGAUGGAACUAUACGUGACAGCCAUGUGACAAUGAGCUUCCACCUAAUUAGAAACCAUCUUUAAUCUUGGAAGAUGGUUUUUCACAGUAUGAUUUGGUGGCAUCCAUGGACAUGUUUUUAAAAUGGGAUUCACUUAGUUGUAGAGGACGCCUUGUAAGAUGAAGGGUACAGAAAUGCUACGGUUUAUAUAGGAGAUGGUUAAUUGUGGAAAAUGUGGAUAAGGGGGUUGAAAUUAAUGUUAAGAAGAUACUAGUGCAUGUCCACAAGUUACCUAUUGUGUGAUUUUACAAUUGAAGGUAAGCUACAAAAACAGUUAAUACAAUAAUUGUUCAGUUUAAGCAUCUAAGAAAUAAAGUAAGCUUUAAAGGAA